AGUCUUUAUCUCUAAACCGUUGACCUUACAAAUGAGCAUGCUGCAUCAUUGUGAGAAUUGGUGUUUCUGGGCGGCGCAAAGUAGAGUAGAGCACAUCAGAGUGCAGGAUAUCUGAGCACAGCAGAGCACACAGAGGCAGGCACAUCCGCCGCUGGAGGGAUCAAAUCUGUACCAUCUGACGCUCAAGGAUUUAUGGGUUUAGUCAAAAUUGCUUUUCCCACUGUGGAGAUUAAGCACCGUAGGAUGUUUUCCACUCAGGCCGUAGAAUAGCCCCAGUGUAGCUGCUGCUGUUGCUGUUUUUCUCCCUCUUCUUUAUCGGCUCCGGCGCUUGAGAAAGGGAAUGUCUCAGGAAGGCAGAGUCCUCCAAGCCCUGCAGGGGAGUAGAUUCUGACUGACAGGAAGAGGGUCCGUCCUCUGGGGAAUGUGAACCAUGCAGGUGGAUGCUGUUCUUGUGCUGUUUUGUGUUUGGCUCGCGGGAGCAGCUGGGAAAAUGGCCCAGUCCAGGGGUCACAAGCUGGAGACCUACAAACAAAGCAGGUCACGAAGAGAGACUAGAAUGGAUGGAGGUGGAGGCCACAAAUCUGGAAGUCCCAUUUACAAACGAAGCCCAGACAUGACCAAGUCUCCCAUGACGAAAUCUGAGCAGCUCCUGAGAAUAGACGACCACGAUUUCACCAUGAGGCCGGCAUUUGGAGGUCCUCCUAUUCCUGUGGGAGUAGAUGUUCAGGUUGAAAGUCUGGACACUAUUUCUGAGGUGGACAUGGAUUUCACCAUGACUCUGUACUUGCGUCACUACUGGAAGGACGAGCGGCUGUCGUUUCCCAGCACCAACAACCAGAGCAUGACCUUCGACAGCCGCCUGGUGAAGAAGAUCUGGGUCCCGGACAUGUUCUUCGUCCACUCGAAGCGCUCGUUCAUUCACGACACCACUACCGACAAUGUCAUGCUGAGGGUUUAUCCUGACGGCAAUGUCCUCUACAGCCUCAGAGUCACUGUCACUGCCAUGUGUAAUAUGGACCUGAGCCGCUUCCCUCUGGACACCCAGACCUGUUCACUGGAGAUCGAAAGCUAUGCGUACACUGAUGAUGACCUGAUGCUGUACUGGAAAAAAGGCAAUGAGUCCCUGAACACUGACGACAGAAUAUCUCUGUCCCAGUUCCUCAUCCAGAAAUUUCACACCACCACCAAGCUGGCUUUUUACAGCAGCACAGGCUGGUACAAUCGUUUGUACAUCCACUUCACCCUGCGGCGCCACAUCUUCUUCUUCCUGCUGCAGACUUAUUUCCCUGCUACUCUGAUGGUCAUGCUGUCCUGGGUGUCCUUUUGGAUUGACCGUAGGGCCGUCCCUGCCAGGGUCCCUUUAGGCAUCACCACUGUGCUGACCAUGAGUACCAUCAUCACCGGGGUCAACGCCUCCAUGCCCAGGGUGUCCUACAUCAAAGCGGUAGACAUUUACCUCUGGGUCAGUUUUGUCUUUGUCUUCCUCUCGGUGAUAGAGUACGCGGCGGUCAACUACCUCUCCACUGUCCAGGAGAGGAAAGAGAGGAAGCUGAGGGAGAGACUGCCGUGCACAUGCGGCAUCGGCAACCCGGACGAGAUGAUGAUUGACCCCCAGAUCACAGGCUACGGGUCAAUGGACGUCAACACCACUGGGAAUUAUGGGAUGCCGGAGAACGGCGGGCGCCAGGAGCGAAUGCUGGCCCAGGUGGCGCUGAAUGACCCGCAGAUCGCCAGCCAGGUGAAGCCCUCCAGAGGCUACGUGAACAUUUGGAUAGACACGCACGCCAUAGACAAGUACUCGAGGGUCGUCUUUCCUGGAGCGUACAUCCUGUUUAAUAUCAUCUACUGGUCUAUCUACUCAUAA